AUGAAGAAAUCUUUUAAUAACAGAAGCAAGGAGUCCAACUCUAAUAAAUCAAGCAUUUUCUCAGAUACCUAUAUGUUCUCAAAGGUGACAGUAAACAUAAACCCCAAACCUUUCUCAUGUUCGGAAUGUGGAAAAUGUUUUGUCACUACUGCAGAGUUUGUCAGUCAUCAGAGAAAUCACACAAGAGAGAAGCCUUUCUUAUGUGGUAAAAGUGGGAAAUGUUUUGCCAGUAAAGGAGAGCUUGCUUGUCAUCAUAGAACUCACACAGGAGAGAAGCUAUUUUCAUGUUCUGAAUGUGGAAAAUGUUUUGGGCGACAUUCACAUCUUGUUACACAUCAGAGAACUCACACAGGAGAGAAACCAUUCUCAUGUUCUGAAUGUGGAAAAUGUUUUGGGCAACAUUCAAAUCUUGUUACACAUCAGAUAAUUCACACAGGAGAGAAACCAUUCUCAUGUUCUGAAUGUGGAAAAUGUUUUGGGCAACAUUCAAAUCUUGUUACACAUCAGAAAACUCACACAGGAGAGAAACCAUUCUCAUGUUCUGAAUGUGGAAAAUGCUUUGGGCAGCAUUCAAAAUAUGUUAUUCAUCAGAGAACUCACACAGGAGAGAAACCAUUCUCAUGUUCUGAAUGUGGAAAAUGUUUUGGGCAACAUUCAAAUCUUGUUACACAUCAGAUAAUUCACACAGGAGAGAAACCCUUCUCAUGUUCUGAAUGCGGAAAAUGUUUUGGAUACCGUUCAAAGCUUGUUACACAUCAGAGAACUCACACAGGAGAGAAACCAUUCUCAUGUUCUGAAUGCGGAAAAUGUUUUGGAUACCGUUCAAAGCUUGUUACACAUCAGAGAACUCACACAGGAGAGAAACCCUUCUCAUGUUCUGAAUGCGGAAAAUGUUUUGGAUACCGUUCAAAGCUUGUUACACAUCAGAGAACUCACACAGGAGAGAAACCCUUCUCAUGUUCUGAAUGCGGAAAAUGUUUUGGAUACCGUUCAAAGCUUGUUACACAUCAGAGAACUCACACAGGAGAGAAACCAUUCUCAUGUUCUGAAUGCGGAAAAUGCUUUGGGCAGCAUUCAGAAUAUGUUAUUCAUCAGAGAACUCACACAGGAGAGAAACCAUUCUCAUGUUCUGAAUGUGGAAAAUGUUUUGGGCAACAUUCAAAUCUUGUUACACAUCAGAUAAUUCACACAGGAGAGAAACCCUUCUCAUGUUCUGAAUGCGGAAAAUGUUUUGGGCGACAUCGGGAACUUAUCCGUCAUCAGAGAACUCACACAGGAGAAAAGCCCUUCUCAUGUUCUGAAUGUGGAAAAUGUUUUGGGCAACAUUCAAAUCUUGUUACACAUCAGAGAACUCACACAGGAGAGAAACCAUUCUCAUGUUCUGAAUGUGGAAAAUGUUUUGGUCAACAUUCAAAUCUUGUUACACAUCAGAAAACUCACACAGGAGAGAAGCCCUUCUCAUGUUCUGAAUGUGGAAAAUGUUUUGGGCGACAUUCAAAUCUUGUUACACAUCAGAGAACUCACACAGGAGAGAAACCAUUCUCAUGUUCUGAAUGUGGAAAAUGUUUUGGGCGACAUUCAAAUCUUGUUACACAUCAGAGAACUCACACCGGAGAGAAACCAUUCUCAUGCUCUGAAUGUGGAAAAUGUUUUGUCCAAAAUUCAGCGCUUGUCCGUCAUCUGAGAACUCACACAGGAGAGAAACCAUUCUCAUGUUCUGAAUGUGGAAAAAGUUUUUUCACCAAAGCAGAACUUCUCCAUCAUCAGAGAACUCACACAGGAGAGAAACCAUUCUCAUGUUCUGAAUGUGGAAAAUGCAUUGGGCGACAUUCAAAACUUGUUAGACAUCAGAGAACUCACACAGGAGAGAAACCAUUCUCAUGUUCUGAAUGUGGAAAAGGCUUCAUCACUAAAGCAGAGAUUGUCCGCCAUCAGAGAACUCACACAGGAGAGAAACCAUUCUCAUGUUCUGAAUGUGGAAAAUGCUUCAUCACCAAAACAGAGAUUGCCAGUCAUCAGAGAACUCACACAGGAGAGAAACCAUUCUCAUGUUCUGAAUGUGGAAAAUGUUUUGUCACCAAAGCAGAUCUUCUCCGUCAUCAAAGAAUUCACACAGGAGAGAAACCCUUCCCAUUUUCUGAAUGUGGAAAAUGUUUUAGGCAACAUUCAGAACUUGUCAGUCAUCAGAGAACUCACACAGGAGAGAAACCAUUCUCAUGUUCUGACUGUGAAAAAUGUUUUGGGGAUCGCUCAAGUCUUGUUAGACAUCAGAGAACUCACACAGGAGAGAAACCGUUCUCAUGUUCUGAAUUUGGAAAAUGUUUUAGGGAUCACGAAAGUCUUGUCAGACAUCAGAUAAGUCACACAGGAGAGAAGCCUCUUUAAUGUAGUAAAUUUGGGGAAUGUUUUGCCAGUAAAUCAGAGCUUGUCAGUCAUCAGAGAACUCACACAGGUGAAGUGAUUUUAUAAUGCAUCUAUGGAUUAACAUAAGAAUAAAAUGUCUUGUAUCGUAAAAAAAAAA